GUUAAGAAAGACAGGAACAAAACAGAUGUGACAUUUUAUAAUAAUAAUAAUAAUUGAAUUUAACUGAGUAAUGUAAAAAAAAAUAUUAAUCAGAAUUAAAUAUUAACAUUUUUAAUAAAAAAAAAUAUUCUAAUUUUUAUUACAAUCAAUGAUAAUAAUUUUAAAGUGUCUUGUAAAGAAAUGUUUAAUAUUGACUACAUCUUGAUCUACUUCCAUUGAACUAUAUAUAUAGUAGUCUAUAAUAUAGAUGAUCAACAAUUAUAAUAAUAUUAAAUAAUUACAUUAUUGACUUGAUAGCGAGAAGUAUAAGCGGAUUUAUUCGCUCAAGAGCUACUGAAGGAAUUGAAUAAGGAGUAUUAGAAAAAAGUUAGCAGAUAAAUGAUAGAUACAGUAAAAAAAAAUGAGGAAAAUCAAGACAUGGGAUAGGUGAUUGAUAAAUAAUUAUUGUUGUACAUUGAAGACUGAUGAACAAAAAUGGAUUGGCUACCAAACCUUCGGUAGCCUAAGCACCCCGAAUUGAAAUAAUAAUUAGAGAAAAAAAAUUCUACCCAGUUAUUGAGAGUGAAAAUAAACAAGACUGAUGGCAGCAUAUCCGGUCUUAGAAGCUCUAGUCGAAGAUGUUGAAACUUAACGAAGAAUUUGAAUAAUAAAUAAGAAUUAAUAGUUACUAAAAUUAUAAUUGAAGAUCAUAAUGGGUUGUGGUCAAAGUAAAAUUGGAAACAUUUAUUCAAAGAAUAAAAAAAAUAAAAAUAAUGUCACGAAAAAAACCAAUGAUACACGCUCCGCGACGAUUGAUCAGAAAAACGGUAGUACUAAAAGUAAUAAGACUAAUAACAAUGACGGUGAAGUUAAUCGGAACGAUGAGAAUGGAGAUGGCAAGAAUGGUAAAAAAAAAUCCGGGCCUGGUGGACCGCUUUUGCAACAAGCUGAGGUGUCUUCGAGCCAGUUGGAUUUUUUCCGGAUGCUUGAUGAAAAAAUUGAAAAUGGGCCAGAUUACGACGAAAGUCUCGAUGGAACAAUAAAAGCUGAGCGAAUAUCAGACCUUCUGCGUCGAUGGGAGACUGCUAGUAUUACGUGGUCAAGUGUGACGGACCUGACAUCAGCAGGCGAGACAAUCGCCUUGACAAGUGCACCCGUCCUAGGAAUUGGCAGUGAGACACGUUACGCGGCAAUUCAAUCAGCAAAAGAUCGUGAGGGAAUGCGUAACAUAAUUGGCGGACGUCCCGAAUGUGCACCAGUAUUUAAUUCAAAUCGUCUUGACGGAUUAGAAGACGUCAAUUGUCCGCCUCCAAAUAUGCCACGACAUGUCCUAGAGUCGAUAAGUCAGAGUCCAACUCAGUCGUCAAAGAUGUCUUCUGGACGGUCGCCUCUGCUUUACCGGUCGGAUUCAUUACCGGCUGAGUCACCAAAGCUUGUUGUGGCGCCACCUCACGAUCGGAGAUUUAAUCAAAAUGGAGAAGUUGCAUUGUAUCGUGAACAAUAUUUACAACAAACGGGAAUUAUUUCUGUACAACCUCAAUUGUAUCAAAACAAUAAUAUUUUACGUAAUAAUCAGAUAAAUUUGACUCCAACGCGCAAGCGCGUUAUAAAUGCUGCCCAAGUUACGUGACCUAAUUUAUUUGUCUAUGACCAUUUCGAGAUUAAUAGACUGAAUUCUAAAUCACUAAACACAUUUUUUAUUUCACACUGCGUUUGAAACGCUGGUUUAAGAGAUUAUCAAAAUGGCGGAGAUUUAUUGAUGUUAUAGGGCUCAUAGUUAUUGUUUAAUAUUAUUUUGGCAUUGAUAUUUUUAAUCAGCGUUAAAAUAUGCGUUGUAUGAGUACCCACAACCCUAGGGUUUAAAAUAGUUUAUUGUCAUUGUUUCAUAUUGAAUAUAUACCUGAUAUUUGUAUCAAAUAUUGUCUUGUUUUGAAUAUGGGGUUGUGGGUACUCAUUUUAAAGGGGAUUGCAUGCUAAGAAAGGUGAAGAUAUUCUUUUGUAAAAAUUAUACAGUUUUCGAAAUUUUUAAAUUUAUUUUUUUUUUUUAAAUUUGAAAUUUGGGUUUUGUAAGCUCUUACCUUGAAAACAAAUUAGAUUCUACGUACAAUGAGUACCCACAUGCCUUUAUUUAAAUGAAAUCAGUUUUAAUUAGUGUGAUUGUUUAUUAAUUCAUCAUUGAAAUUACUUAUUUUUAAUCUAUUCUAAACCUAUUGAUGUGGGUACUCAUUUUACUCGUCGAAGUGCUCUCUACAUCACACAACUAUUUAUUUUAAUAAAAGAUGAAUUUUACAGAA